AUGCUACCAUAUAACGAGAGUUUCAUUUCUGUAAAGUGGCAUCCACAGAGUUGGAUGUACGACAUGCGUUCAUACAUUCAAAAUUUUGCCAUUACUCAGGUUUUUAUUAUUGGAUCUCACAAUGCUGGAACGUAUAGUAUUGAUGGAAAGUCACCAUUUGGCAGAGAUGCCCCUGGAUUGCUCAGUAGGCAUGCAAAAUAUGCCUCUCUAUUACGAUUCUUUGUUCGUGGGACCAGUGUGAAAUGGGCAAAGUGUCAGAAUACCACCAUACUUGAGCAGUUGUCUGGGGGAGUGCGCUACUUGGAUCUUCGAAUUGCACCAAACUCAAAGGAAGGUGGAAGACUAUACAUAACGCAUGGAAGACUUUCUGUUCCAUUGAGUGUAGUGAUUGAGCAAAUAGGAACGUUUCUCAGGGACCCAGUUUCUGCACAGGAAUUUCUAAUACUGGAUUUUCAACAUUUUUUUGAUAUGGAUAGCCCUGAUCUUCAGGAUCGUUUUGUUAAGGAAAUAAAUGUUUUGUCUAAUCACUUUAUACCAGUAGAUAUACCAUUAACAACACCAUUAUCAGUUCUGUGGAAAACGUCAGAUACGCAUCGUGUUUUUCUCCUGUUGGGAAAAUCUAAAAUAAAUUACUCUUUUGCUCGUAUUCGUGCAGAUUCUUUGGUGUCAGUAUGGGUUAACAAAAAGUCUUUGAAAAGUCUACUAAAGGCCUUAAAAAUGCUUAUGGUAAAGGACCUGAAACAACCUUGCAAUUACAGUGUUCCUCCCAGACUUUACGUCACACAAGCUGUUUUUACGCCGCGUUUUAGUACAGUGGUUGGGGGUAUUUUUAGUAAAGAACAAGAUAAAUCUGCGUCAGGCAUCCGAAGGGCAGCGGCUCAUGUGAAUUCGCCAUUAAUUGAAUGGUUUUGUGGGCUAAAUGCCCACUCAAAUUUGGAUGGAGAAGUUGUAACGGUGCCACAAGGAAUGAAUACGCAUGGCAAUAUAUUGAUGUUGGAUCACGUAGAUAUGGGGAGUUGUAGAGUACUGGGAGAAACUAGAGAACUUAACGCUGUUGGUAUGUGUAUUUACCUUAAUAUGUUGCGUUCUUCACGUCUAGAAGUAAAUUCUCCACUAUAUUCGCUCCAAUAA